AUGAUGUUUCUUCCCACACAACUUAAAUUGUUGCAACAAUUUAUCCAACUUAAAAAUUUCAAUUAUAGAAAUAUCAAUAUCAAUUAUUUUAAUUAUUUUAAAAAUUUUAAUUAUUAUAAAAAUUCUUUUACUCGGAGUUUUAUUGCCACACCUACGGUCUUUAGAACCAAAAGAAAGAAACCCAUUGAAGAUAGUCAAAAUUGUGAAAAUAGACAUCAAAUAAAAUAUGUUUGUACUGCAAGACUUCGAAUGUGGGCACCUGAAGAAAUUCAAAAACUUGUUGAAGGAGUUAAAAAAUAUGGAAAUAAAUGGAAUCAAAUUUCCGAAGUAUGUUUUUCAAAGCAGAGAACUCCUUAUUCUUUAGAAAUCAAAUGGAAAAGGUUGAGAAAUACCAUAAAACAAAAUCUUGAUAUUAAUGAUAUUAGUGAUAUAAAUAAUUUAGAUGAGGAUAAAUUAUUUUCAACCACAACCAUAUUAACUCCAGCUAAAACUCGUACCAAAAAAAUUCCAUGGAGACAACAUGAAAUUGAAAAACUUGUUAAAAGUGUUGAACAACAUGGAACGAAUUGGACAUAUAUAUCAGAGCGUAUAUUUGAAUCUAAGAGAUCAACUCAUGCAGUUUAUACAAAAUGGCGAACGUUAUGCCUUAGUAAAGAGAGAACAAAUGAAGAAAUUAGUAAUAAUCCGGUAUUUUAUGUAAAACAAAGUUGGACACCACAAGAAGUUGAUUUACUUUUAAAUGCGGUUGAGACAUAUGGAAAACAAUGGAAAAAUAUUUCUAAAGUAGUUUUUAAAUCUAAGCGAACACCUCAUUCUUUACUUCAAAAAUGGGCACAUAUUUAUAAAAAAAAUUUAGAAUAUGAUAAAAAACAAUGGGGAAUUACGGAAGAUGGUAAAUUAAGAGAAGGGAUUUUAUUAUAUGGAUUUGGAAAUUGGGAUAAAAUACGAUGUAUUAUACCACAUAGAAGUGAAGAACAAUUAAAAAAGAGAUGGAAUAUAACUUUAGAACAAGUUAGUGAACGAUAUAAAAAACUUAAUGAACAAAAUUGGUCAGAAGAAGAUGAAAUAAAAUUAUUUAAAGCGAUACAAUAUUAUGGAAGUGAAAAUUGGUCAAAAAUAAUGGAAUCAUUUCCUGAUAAAAGUUUAUUACAAGUUCGAAAUUAUUAUUUUAAAAAUCGGAAAUCUAAUCCAUUUAUUAAAAGAGGAUUGUGGACACCAGAAGAAAUAAAUACAUUAAAAGAAUCAAUUAAUAUUUAUGGAGAAGAUUGGUUACAAAUUGCUAGACAUGUUAAAACAAGAAAUGGAAGACAAUGUCGAGAAUAUUGUAACACCAGGAAAUCCAGUAAUUAUAAAGAUCACAAUCGGCGAGAAUCAGGUUAUCUCAUUCUGUCAGAAGAUAGAGAAUCAGAGGAAAGAGCAGAAAAAGUAUUUUAUGUAAAGACACUUUGGAAAAUUGAUUCAUUAAAGGACCUUACAUAUCCAGACGAUAAAGUUGUUUGUGAUUUAACUGUUACUGAUUGUAAAAUAUUUUGGACGAAAACUGUUACAAUUAUUGAUUUGAAACGGACCAAACCCGAGAAUAUAAGAGAUAUUUCAAAAUUCUGUGGAGCUACGUGGGCAGCACUAUCAGGAUUUGAUGAAUAUGAAAAUCAUAAAUUAACUUGUAAAAUUGCUGUUUCAGAAAAUCAUGCUAGAUUUUCAUGGAGAUGGUCAAUGGAAAAUGCUUCCCUUACUUCAUUGACCUUGAAAUUUAAUUUAGGAAAUAUUUCAUUAACACCAAUUUCAUCAACUGAAAAUUCUAAAUUUUUUCAAGAAUGGAUAGAUUUUUUUAUUAAAGAACGACAACAAUUUAUGAAUAAAAAUGCAUCACUCGAGACACGUAUAAAUGAUUUACAAAAUACACGUGAUCGAGCACAAGAAAGAAUUGAAAUGAUGACUGCAGAUAAAAUUAAUCAUGAAACAAUUCUAAUGGAAAAGUUUAAAAAAGUUCUCAAUGCCAAAAAGAAGAAAAUUAAAAAAUUAAUGAAAGCAUUAAAUACAAAUGGUACAAUAAUUUCUACAAGUCAGAAACCAAUACAAUCACCUACGAUGAUGAUUUCAGGAGAAGAAGAAGAGGAAGUGGAUGAUUCUACUUCUCUUGAUGAUAUUUUGGUUCCAGUUGAUAACAAUUUACAUGAACCAUCACGUGAAUCUCAAGAUUAUAAUGAUGAUUAUGAUAUGAUGAAUUCCAAAAUCGUUUUCUUCUUGUGUGCUUUAUUCGCUAUUGUUCUUUUAGCAAACGCAGCACCUGGGGUCCACAAACGUGAACCUGAAGCAGAAGCUGCCAACUUCAAACGUGACGCUGAUGCCACUGCCGACCCAUACUACUACUACUACUACUACCCAUACUACUACUACAAACGUGACCCUACUGCCAACCAACAAAAACGUGAUGCUAUGCCUUCCGCUGAUGCCACUGCCGACCCAUACUACUACUACUACUACCCAUACUACUACUACAAACGUGACCCUACUGCCAACCAACAAAAGCGUGAUGCUAUGCCUUCUGCUGAUGCCACUGCCGACCCAUACUACUACUACUACUACCCAUACUACUACUACAAACGUGACCCCACUGCCAACCAACAAAAGCAAUUGUUAAAUACUCAACGCGUUUGGUUUUCUAUAACUGAACAAAGGAAGCAUAAAUCAAUAAAAAAUCUGGAAAAGUUUAUUAUGCAUGUAUUUCAUUUGGAGGAGAUAUGCCCAAACGGUAUCAUUUUGGAAUUGGAUGAGUCCAGACUUUUUUCAAGUUCAAAGGUUGGCGAUUUGAUCAGAGAAGACAAUUUAAUUAGGGUUAAAAGGGUGAACACACUUGUUACAGACCAAUCAGAGAAAAAUAUAUGUCCUUCUUCACAAGUUUUACAAACUAAAUCUGACACCGAUAAACGUGAUGAAUCAAGAAAAUCUGACAUCGAUAAACAUGAUGAAUUAAUGAAAACUGAUACAUUAUUGGGAGGACCAUCCGCUAAAAAGAGAAAAAAUAAUGGGUCGAUUUAUAAUCAAAUUGAUUCUUCUUCAGAAUCUGAUGUAUCAACUGGGAACACUAAGAAAUUAAACAGUUAUCCUAAUGGCGAUCAAAUAAUAAGAGAGGUUAAUGGAAAAAACAAAGAUGUGGGAUUAAUGUCCACUUAUCAUAAUUAUAAUUCUUCAUCAUUAUUGAAUAAUGAAAGUAGUCAAGAUUCAUUAUCGAAUAAUGAAAUUAGUCAAGAUUCGUUAUCGAAUAAUGAAAGUAGUCAAAAUUCGUUAUCGAAUAAUGAAAGUAGCCAAGAUUCAUUAUUGAAUAAUGGAAGUAGUCAAGAUUCGUUAACAUCAACAGACACUUCUAAUAAUUCCUCAUCAAUGAGUGAGAGUAGUGAAAGUUCAUAUCAACGAGGUUUAUUUGAAUUUUCUGAUUUGUCAUCAAGUGAAAGUGAAAGUAAUGAAAGCAGCGAAAGUAGCGAAAGUACUAGUGAAGAAGAAGAAUCAAGUGAUGGAAUGGAAACAAAUGAUUCUGAAGAUAGUGAAGAUAGUGAAGAUAAUAAUGAUUAUAGUAAUGAUUUCUCAAUUGACCAACUUUCAGGGUAG